GUCUUCAGACUUUUAAUAAUAGCGCUCUUCUUUUACCUCUCUCUCUCUCUCUCUCUAAACCUCUACCUCUGUCAGGCUUGAUUUCUUCUUCAUAUUUGAUACCAGCUCCUCUUCCCUAUCUUAGUGCAUACUUGAACUCUCUCUUCCAUCUAUACCUUAUCAGUGACGUAGUGUCGCAUCCGUCAUCAUGAGAGUUAUCAUCCGUGACACUGCUCUAGAAGCAUCAGAGUAUAUCGCUGAUUAUAUUAUCAGCCGUAUAAAGGCGUUCAAACCCACUGAGGAAACCCCCUUCGUCCUUGGUCUUCCUACUGGGAGCAGUCCAGAAAUCAUCUACAGGACUCUAGUCCGACGUCACAAGGCUGGCGAGAUCUCAUUCAAGAAUGUCGUGACUUUCAACAUGGAUGAGUAUGUCGGCCUGCCGCGCGACCAUCCCGAGUCGUAUCACAGCUUCAUGUACAAGCACUUUUUCUCGCAUGUCGACAUUCCUCCCCAGAAUAUCAAUAUCCUUGACGGCAAUGCGCCCGACCUAGUUGCAGAGUGUGCUUCCUUCGAGGCCCGAAUCUCUCGAUACGGUGGUAUCGAGCUUUUCCUUGGUGGGGUGGGAUCUGACGGACAUAUCGCCUUCAACGAACCAGGCUCGUCUCUGAACAGCCGCACCCGAGUCAAGACUCUGGCAUACGACACAAUCCUCGCGAACUCGAGAUUCUUCGGUGGUGACGUGAACCAAGUGCCUCGCAUGGCUCUGACUGUUGGCAUACGAACCAUCAUGGAAGCAAGGGAGGUCGUGAUCGUCGCGACAGGUGCGCACAAAGCAUCGGCACUGGAAAAGGGCCUGGAAGGCGGCGUGAAUCACAUGUGGACAAUCUCCGCCCUGCAAUUACACCAGCACCCUCUGGUUGUCUGCGAUCGCGAUGCCACUCUAGAGCUUAAAGUCAAAACAGUCCGCUACUUUGAGUCAAUUGAGCAGUCGGGCACCGACGCCCGCACCCAGGGCCCUCCCCUCGUCUACCGCCCCAAGACCUAUGUGCCUUCUCCUCUGGCGACAAGCAAAACCCAACAGCAACCCACUCCGGCUGCCACACCGGAGAAAGUAGCCAAGGACCUGAGAAUCAACACUGAUCUCAACCAGGCCUUCGAGGACGACGAACUCACACCGGACAGCAUGUCCUCGCGGAUCGGAUCAGCCAGAAUAGACUCUGCGAUCGCGGGGCUCGACUCGACCCUAAAAAGUGAUCUGAUGUUCGAUCGCAUGGGCGCGAGAGUAGUCUCUCAUUAACCUGCGAGAACCCGGCAGACAGACAGACAGACCGCCAGACACCCCUGGGCCUAUCACUGUGCUGCCGCCGCAAAAGCGCGCAAGGAAGAGGAACCCUGUUAAGGUUUGGUUUGG